CGGUGAGGAGCUAUUUUCGCGCAGCAGGGAAAGGGGCACCUGGAAGCCGUUCAGGACCGGCCAGCCCCACCCUCCCGGGCCAGGGCUCUCGCCUCUUAGUCCCCUUGGAUUUAAACGAAUUGUCGGUGCUUCUCUCCCAGGGAAACUUUCCCAAGCCGGUUUCUGCGCGUAAAAAAAGAAAGAAACCACAGCCGAGAAUCCUCGAGACUCGACUCAGCUCAGAGAACCUUUAAAAGACUUUGAAAGUUCCCGUAAGAAGGCAGGUGGGGGGAAAAGGCCCCCCCCCUUUUUGUGGUCUCUCCUUUCUCUCCGCAUCUCCGCUGCACCCCCCGCGCCCCAAGGUGGAUCCGGAGCGCGUCCAGACCAUUGCCAAAAAAAUGCCCAUGGAGCUGACGCAAAGCCGCAUCCAGAAGAUCUGGCUGCCGCCUGACAAUCACCCGGCGCUGCCGCACCGACUUUGUGGCCCUCAGCUGACCAAUUCCCCCACUGUGAUUGUGAUGGUGGGCCUCCCAGCUCGUGGGAAGACCUACAUCUCUAAGAAGCUGACCCGCUACCUCAACUGGAUUGGCGUUCCAACGAAAGUGUUUAAUGUCGGAGAAUACCGCCGCGAAGUAGUGAAACAUUACAGCUCCUAUGAUUUCUUCCGCCCCGACAAUGAGGAGGCCAUGAAAGUCCGCAAGCAAUGUGCCUUAUCUGCUUUGAGAGAUGUCAAGCUCUACUUAUCCGAGGAAGGUGGCCAGAUUGCGGUUUUUGAUGCUACCAAUACAACACGGGACAGAAGAGCAAUGAUCCUACAUUUUGCCAAAGAAAAUGGAUUCAAAGUGUUCUUUAUCGAAUCCAUCUGCAACGACCCAAAUGUCGUCGCCACCAACAUUAUGGAAGUCAAGCUCUCCAGCCCAGAUUAUAAGGACUGUAACUCAGCGGAUGCAAUGGAAGACUUUAUGAAGAGGAUCAGUUGUUACCAGUCGAGCUACCAACCUCUGGACCCAGAUGACUCUGAUCGAGAGCUGUCGCUGAUCAAAGUGAUCGACGUUGGCCGGAGAUACUUGGUGAACAGGGUCCAGGACCACAUCCAAAGUCGAAUUGUCUAUUACCUAAUGAACAUCCACGUCCAGCCCCGCACUAUUUACUUGUGCCGUCACGGUGAGAGCGAAUACAACCUCAAAGGGAAGAUUGGUGGAGACUCGGGGCUCUCCGGCAGAGGCAAGAAGUUUUCCUUCGCAUUGAACCGGUUUGUUCAGGAGCAGAACCUGAAAGACCUCAAAGUGUGGACCAGCCAACUGAAGAGGACGAUCCAAACGGCCGAAGCCUUGGACCUGCCUUAUGAACAGUGGAAGGCCCUGAAUGAGAUUGAUGCGGGGGUGUGCGAAGAGAUGACUUACGAUGAAAUCAAGGAGAAGUACCCAGAAGAGUUUGCUUUGCGUGACCAGGACAAAUAUUAUUAUCGUUAUCCAUCCGGGGAGUCCUACCAAGACUUGGUGCAGCGUCUUGAGCCGGUCAUCAUGGAACUCGAGCGGCAGGAGAACGUCCUUGUCAUUUGUCACCAGGCCGUGAUGAGGUGCCUGUUGGCCUAUUUCCUUGACAAGAGUGCCGAGGAGAUGCCUUAUUUGAAAUGCCCCCUCCACACAGUGCUGAAGUUGACCCCCGUGGCCUAUGGUUGUAGAGUUGAAUCUAUUUUUUUGAACAUUGAAGCUGUGAACACCCAUCGAGACAAGCCAGAGGAUGCAAAGAAGGGACCUAACGCCCUCAUGCGACGCAAUAGCGUCACCCCUCUAGCGAGCCCCGAGCCCACCAAAAAGCCGCGCAUCAACAGCUUUGAGGAGCAUGUGGCUGCCGCCGCUUCGGCUGCUCUCCCCAUCUGUGGGCCCGAGGAGGUGCCCGCGCAGCUGCCUGGACAACCUUUACUGGGGAAGGCCUGCCUAACCUGAAUAUCUCCCACAAGUAGUCUUGAAAUUCUUCAGGCGAUGCUUCCAAAGCCUCUCGAGGAAAAUCUGGCUCCAUUUGCGUCGUCCGUCUCUGAAGCUUGCAUUUCCGGUCCUUCUCCGCUUGACUUGAGGGUCAACCGUUUUUGUUGACCAUCUUUGUAGCUGAUCAUCUGCCCGUUUGGACUUGGAACAGAACGGAGGCAGGAGAAAAAAGACACGGGGAGGGGAAGGAAGGAGAACGUCUCGCUGGAUUAUAAAUGUGGAUCCAACAUCUGAUAUUUAGGCUGAAUUAAUUUUAGUUUCCUUUGGAGCUUGAUAGACAAUUGCUGGGCUGAAAGGUACUUCUGUGCACGCCAGACGUCCUAAAUAGCGCUGGUGGGGAGGUUAUUUGUAGCACCAUUGCCUUGGAGAGAUGGGAGGAAGACACUCUUUUCCUCUUGCAGUGUAUAAAUAAACGGAUAAUAUUGGGCUGUGGGGUGGGGGAAAUGAAGUUUAGAAAUAAGUAUAAAAGAGCAUUGUCACACGGACACAUUAGAUCUUACCCGUUCACAUGAACCACCAUCCUGUACUCUGAUGUCAGGAUUUGCCCCCUGCCAAAUCUUAAAAAAAAAAAAAGUUCUGUAUUGAUUUAAAAAAUACGAAAUUUGUAUCACAUUCUGAAUAUUAAAGGGACAUGUAGAGUAUCGUGUAGAUUUGCGUUGUCUUGAGAUCCCCCAAUAACUGGUUUUUCAAGACCACUCAGUAACUUGUAACAUAACUUUUGUGUUGCAGUAAACUGGAGGAAGUGAUAGUUUAUAUGAAUAGGAGUUUGUGUUUUUUGCACCAGGUAUGCACAAGGGCAGUCCUCUAAGGGACACAUCUGAAUUUCACUCAGUUCAUAAAUUACCUCCCUGCCCAUUAACUCCUCUGUCUCCUACAAGCUUUUUAUGUCCCACCCAGGCAGAAUCUAGUGUUACAAACCUGCUUUAGGUGCACGAUUAAGGCUGCGCUGGGACUCAAUCACGUGAUGAUUUCGUGUGUGGUGAGGUGCAGGGAUCUUUUUGGCUUGUUUUCAGUCUGAGCUGAGGGAGGGCUAGUGAGCGCAGACCGUUUUCCCCACGCCACUGAAAACUUCUGGAACGUAGGUGGCAAUUCAGGUGUGUCUUGGCCUCGCUGCAGUAACCAGGGCUCACUGUGGCCAUGUUGGGGUGAGCUUGUGUGAGCUCACACAGGGCUUUAUCUCAUGUCCAUCUAGUUUGCCCAACAUGCAAGCUCCCCUUCUUCAAACAGUGCUUCACUGGGAGACAUGUGUUUGGCAGAUGAUGUGUUAACAGGCAGUAUCUUUGUGUCCCUAUGUGUCUGCUAUGGGUACACAGGGAAAGAUGGAGGUUAAGCUUCCCCACUGCACCCAAAUGAAAUGGUUCUGGGGAGUUGCUGUUUUACCCUGUUGGGAAUUGUAAUUUACUCUAUUGGGGCUUGUAACUCUCCUGUCCCUGUCCCAAUGAUCCCAAUACAAACUGGGUUAACCCGUGCCUGGGAAUUAACUCUCUAGACUAACGGGAGAUCCGAGGACUCUGUAACAUGAAUUGGCCCCAGCUGUUUUAGAUUUUACUGGUUUUCCACUGGUAGAAAAGUAACAUACAGUACAAAUUGGGCUGGGUGUGGGAAGCUCAUAUAAGCCACAUGAGACAUGCCAGAACGGUUUCUUGUGCACUUUGCGUGGUGUGAGCUGCUUUGGAUAAAGAUUUGUGUCCUUGUGCCGAGCUGAAGCAAGUGCUGUUGUCAGACAAAAGUAUGCCCAUUUUCCACCCACGUUCCUUGUAUGUUGCACAGCCUGUCAGGGAGUGGAAGCUUGCCGGCUGUAAUGGAUAGUUGUUUUUUCUUGGGGCGCUUCCAUACCUUAAAACCAUUGCAGAGAGUUUGAUCUCGCUCAGCUGCACCCAUGUGUUUUCCUCCUAACUGUUUCUCAUUUGUUGAUUUGGGGAGGGGGGGGGUGGAUCUGCCCCUGACUUUCAAAUGUUACACUCUGAAGAAGGCCAUGAAGUUAACCCCAAGGGAAGUCCCUAACGUACUCUGGAGAUCAGCUGAAAUUUCUCAUCAGCUCCCUUGGAAAGCCCAUUUUUUGAACUUCUCUUUGGGUUUUGCUUAGAUGGCAUUUGCGCUGGAGUCUCUGCCUUUCUUUUGAUACCUGCCGGAGUGAUCUGUAGCCAUCUGCAUCUCCUUUCGCUUACAGGGCCUUUCGAAAAUGGUAUCCUCCCCAACUAGGGAUACGUCAUGAACGAUUCUUAGUUCGGUGGUGGGACCGAAAGGCUCUCCCAGCCCCAUCAACACAGAAUUUGGGUGUGGGGGGAAAACACCACUCCCUUUUCCCUUUUGUAACGUUCUUGCUUCAGGUAAGGUUUAGUAGUUAAGACUUUUAACAGGUGGAACGAACUCACUUGGUUGCAGUGCAGUGGCUUCUUUGGAGGAGUGCGGAGUCCAAAAGGCAAACACCAGUGCCUUGAGUGUUAGGGCUAUGCCACAAGAAGUACUUUUCAUAUGGUUUUUAUUAAGGCUCUGCUGUGGUGAACCAUACUUGGGCCAUGUCUGACUAGUGAAUUUUUUUACAAGGGCGAGGAGGGGUGGUGUGCCAUGAAUGGAGGCUUAUGUUUAUAUUAGUGUACAGUUGCAGGAACACUUUUUUUUUUAGUUAUUUUUAUUGUGUGUUGGGUUUUUUUGUUUUUGAGUGAGUGCAUAGUUACUUUCUCCCCCCCACACGGCUGCUUAACUGCAGAGUUCUAUCUGUCUUUUUGUUUUCUUUAAAGAGAAAAGUUUUUAGAGGGCAAAGGACUGUAUCUUGCGUAUAGCGUAUACUUCUCACCCUCUCCUGCCCCAGCUAGAUAAACCAGUGGCUGACAAACUGCACGUUAUGUCUAGCUACCUCUCCUGCGAUAAGCUAUUUUACCCAGUCUUUCUUCCACUUGCUUUUACAUAAAAGUGAAUGGAGGAAAAGAUAAAAUAUUACGGACUCAUACGAGGGAGGAAUCCCGGAAGAAACUGGAUUAUUCUUGCUUCUGGCAAUCUGAAUGAAGGAGAGGGGAGGGGGCAUUGAUUUUGCGGUUUUGCCCGAUAUUGCCGGGUGGGUGGGGAACACCAUUUAGAACCACACCAAUGAUUUCUUUUUUGAUUGUGUUUUUUCCUUUGAUACUUGAAUUUAUAUUUUUAUCAUAUUUUUGAUAGCAAAGUGCUAAUUAUUUAUUUAACUAAUGUUGCAGAACUGGGAGAGGAGCGAGGUUUUUUUUUCCUUUUUACUUUUUUGUGCGAUGUUAAUUCUGUAUAUUCGAAUCAGGAAGGGGUUUUUUUGCCUGAGAUGAAACUGGGCCAGCUUAUAUAACGGGUCUGCCUUUUGGACAUUUGUAUAUUUUGCUGUUGCUGGACCAAUAAAAUAC